AUGGAGGCACAUAACCAGUCCCAGAAGGAGCAUAAAUCCUCUAUUUCGUCUGUGUCAGGUUACUACAGCUACUCUUACACUGGAGAUUACUACUCAGGUAGUCAAAAUGAUAGCUACAGCGAUGCCUCAUAUUCAUAUUCGUAUUCUUACUCGCCACAUGAAAGCAAUGAUAAAAACCAAAAGGGGGUGAAUUCUACCUCGUUAUCAUCUGGAUUGGAAUAUUCAUACAGUGUGAGCGAACCCAAACAGGAUUUGAAGAGAAUCCCCAAGCCUACGACGUAUAACUACACCGAAGAAUCCACAACAGACGACGAAUACAGUUACUCUUCUCCGCAGCAAUCAGUUCACAAAUGGGCUGAAAGUCCUUCCCAACAGAAAAAAGAAGUCCCUUCUGUCCGGAAGGAGGAUAAUGAAACGCAAUCCUAUAGUUACAGCUAUGACUACGAUUAUUCCUACUCCUACUCGGACUACACUCCUUCGCUAACGGGGAAGGAAAGUAGCACUCGCCGAAAUGGUGUUGAUCAUGUCGGCGCAGAAACCUCAGAAUCGGGAAGCAGUGGCUCCAUCAGAAUUGCAACGAGUCGCCUUGGGUCUUCUAUUAAGAAGAAUCUCAGGCCCACAUUGAGUGGCGGUAGCAGCGCCACGGAAUCGACGUCCUACCCCUACUCGUACUCCGUAGAUAGUCUUACCCCUACACGUGGUGACGCAGCCGACGUUAACGUUGAUAAGGGGUAUAGCAGCUAUUCUUCUUCGUCUGCUGGCAAAUCAACUCCCCUUUAUUCGUAUACCUACGAUAGUAGCGCCACACAGUCCCAUUCUUAUUCCUACUCUUAUACCGCAUCCACUGAGCUUUCCGAACGCGGGGGGCAAACCCAUGCCCAGAGCGAUGAUUAUUCAUAUUCUGUUACCACCCCGUACCCGGCUCAUACGAAAAAGGUCUCUUCUGGUAGUUCCUACACAUACGCGGAUAGCUACAGUGGUACGGACAAUGGAGCUUCCUCGCAAACAUCCUCAGCGUCGAUUCUUCUUGAUUCCAAGACCGAAUACUCAACUACCACCACCACUUACGAGGUCACGAGCGAGCGAGAUAGCUCCACUUCUGGCGCCAGCCAGACGGAGCGGUUUACUCAGCGAAAACUAAUAAUUCUACGUACCCCCAAGGAGACGAUUUCAGAUAUCCCGCCACCGCCUUCGCGCUGCUUUGUGGAUCCAUGCUCACAGGAGGAUAGUGCCCACAAACUCCUGAGAUGUAUUGUAGAGUUUCAGCAGAUGGAAGAGCCCCGUGUGUACACCGAGGUGUCACCACCAGGCACAGCAUCUCUCGCGUCUGGUCAGCAAACUAGUGGUGGCGUGGCAACCCCUUCUACAGGACCCCUUGCCAUGCCUGACCAAGCGAGGAAAGCGAAAAACUCCAAGAAGGAUAGGAAAAGUAUGUUGGGUUCAAAAAAGGAAACCGACGUCGGGCAGACCCCGUCCGAGCGCCCGGUGCCGUUGCCGACCCCCAAGGGUUACUGUACUGAGAAAACGGCGCGUGUUGCCCUCAGCGUCCUCCGCCUGAACCACCUCGAACGCCGCGAAGUCCUGCGUGACGUAUCCAUGCCUGUGAAGGAGGGGACGUUGCGGGAUAUUCUUGACACCUGCGCCGCAACACGUGUGAAGGAGACGGUCGCCCAAACUUUCCUCGCGCGCGACCCCAGCCACUCUGGCGAGCUCCCGAUUUCUGUGGUUGGAGAUGUGCUACACCGCUUGGGCGUGGCGCGCAGCCCUGUCAUUGACAGGGCCUUCCGAAUCAACAUCCGCCCCAUCGGGACGACGGGGCCGCAGGAGCUGUUUUUAACCAUCGAGACGCCACCACCCGGUGACUACGCAGCCGAUGUGGGGCGAUGGCAAACCAAGACCAUUCCGGUUUGUGAUAUCGUGCGCAGUAGCUUGACGGCAAAGCGGCCCAUGUCGAUUCGCUUGGAAUCAGGGAGCAUCUAUAUGGGUCAAUUUCACAUCUGCCACGGGGUGCCCUCCAAGGCGUGUUUUGAGCGUUUAAAGACGUAUCUUGAGGCGGCCACAUACGCCUGCGUGUUGGUCCAUUUCUUCAGCUACGAGGAUGACAUCACGCGCGAGGUGAAGGUGCAAUACCCGAAACUGGUCCGUAGCCUGUUGGCCUCAAGCGAAAUGAAGGGGAAGAAGUCUAUUUUCUUGGAUAACCUUUUCCGGGAGCUUUACGAUAUUGACCAGCAAGUGGUAGAUUUUGCGAGUGGCCGCGGGAUUCUGACUCAGUAUGCAGGAAAGAAUUUGGUUGAAUCUACUCUGUACGGAACACAAGAUGUGGUGGAGAAGAGGAGGCGCAACGUAAUCCCGAACACAUCCGAAGACCAGCUGGGAUUCCAAACCACACCGAAAGGAACAGAUGAGGAGGUAAGGUUGUCUUUUUCUGUUCGAAAAGUUCGUAUCUCUAACGCCCUGCCGGACGAUACACGCUGCUAUUGCCUCAUCAGUGCGAUCACAUACGAUGACGUUUUCUUGCCUGCGGUCGAAGUCCCUGUGCGGAAAGUGUGUGCAUCAACCAAGGGGGGUUUCACCUGGGCUUUUGACAAGGAUGAAAAGAGCGAAAUCUUGUUUGUGGGCCCCCGUACCGAUCGCAUCUAUAUUGAAUGCUGCUACGAAGUUAAGCAAAAGCAACUUGGGGACGGGCUACCAGCCAAGGGGGAUUCUACGGUGUGGUGCGCCGGCUACACCAUCCUGCCGGUAGCAUAUUUACGCGAAACGGCCACAUGGCCGGUCGUGGAGGGCAGCCUGCUGGACACGACAAAGGAAGGAAAUACGCCAACACCCGUUGUAGGGAACAUCGCCACCGUGCCACCCCCGAGGCGGACAGGCUUGUUUGCAUGUCUCGGACUAGGAGGAAGGGGAGGCUCUAGGAAGGUGUUAGCCACCCAGCCUGCGGUGGAAAUAAAGGUGAAAGUUUUGAAACAGGAGCCAAAGGCAUCGGCUCUGCCAUUACCGUUUGAGGACAUGCCAGCACGGUAUAUCAUCUUUAGGCGUCAUGCCAAAUUGAUUAGCCUCCUGCGCUCUGCCAUUCACCAUAUAGGCAAGUUGUGUCGUCAUGCGUCGCAGGUGCUUCGCCAGCAGAUCUCUCAGCGCAUCUUCUUGGUUGCAUCCAGCGUCACCCUAAUGGAUCAGUUUAUCCACCUUUGGAAUCAUCAGCUGAAACAUAUGGAUGUAGCGAAGAAGAAGGACACGAUGCAUCAUCACGAGCUGCUCUUAUUAUGUGUUACAACCUUGGCCGCAUUGCACAAUUGCUCCUCUGAAGAUCAAGGGUCCUUUGCUGCGUUGGCGAUACACCGCAAACCUCUAACACAUGCCUUUGAUGCCAAUGCGCCGCAAUGCCCUAUUUCAGUGUAG